CAGUACCUCCAGAAUAUGGAAUCUAUGAACAUAGAUUCAGUCAGAGUCAGAAAGUGUACUGCACGAGGAAAAUUUUAAAAGUUCUUCGAAUGAAACUUUGGGAACUGAUGAAGAAACGCCCGACAAUGAUAUCUAUCAUCCAGGUUUAAACGUCCGUAAAACAGAAAUAUUAUUCAUGUUAAUGAAUAUAUUCAUUAAACAUAAUUUGACGAACUCUGCUCUAGAGGAUAUAUUAUCGAUGCUGAAUAUCAUCCUUGGUUCUGACAUGCUACCAAAGACGUUCACCAAAUUUAGUGAAUUUUUCUCGAAAAAUGCAUUUUCGCGUCACUACUUUUGUGAGGUUUGCAUAAAAUAUAUUGGAACCGAAAAAACAAAAUGUUACAAAUGCGACAAAGAAAAAUUACAUUUCUUUAUUACCUUUGAUGUUGUACAAAAUUUGAAAGAUGUUCUUCUCAAAAAUUGGGAAAGUUUUGAAUUUUUUUGGCGCAAUAACAUGAACCACACUAAAACAACCGAUAUGGUGACUGCCAAAGUAGUUCAAGAGCGCAAGAGAACUGACAAUAACAGUAUAACUCUGAGUCUGAAUACGGAUGGUGUAAAAAUUUUCAACUCAACGGCAAAAAAAUCUCUUUGGCCUAUACUACUGUGCAUCAAUGAACUACCACCGACUGUGCGUUACGCUAAAACAAAUGUUUUAGUGGCUGGGCUCUGGAUGAGUAACAAAGAGCCGGAUUUUCAUAUGUUUUUAAAACCUCUAAGUGCUGCAUUAAAUGAAUUCCAAACAAAUGGUGCAAAUUUAAAUGGAAGAGAAAUAUCGACAAUACUAAUAACUGCUUGCUGUGUCGAUACCAUUGCGAGAUGCAAACUGCAAAAUUUCAAACAGUUCAAUGGCUACGAAGCUUGUGGAUACUGCUUGCAUCCAGGAACUAUUCUGGGAAGACAAAUUCGUUAUCCUUACCGGCGGAAUGUAACACUUCGAAACGAAACAGACGUGUUAAAAGCAAUGGCUAUAAGCGAUGCGAAAGGACAGGCAGUGAACGGUGUUAAAGGGAUAUCACCCCUUAUUUUAUUUGAAAAAUUUGAUGUUGUGCGAAACUGCCCUAUAGAUUUCAUGCACUGUAUUCUGCUUGGCAUAUGUAAACAACUUUCAAAGCAGUGGUUUGAAAAUCCCAAGUGUAAAGCGUACAUUAAAGCACGGAUUCCCGAAAUCGAUAAUAUGCUGAUUAAUAUAAAACAUUUUCAUGAAGCCUCCAGGAGAGCAAGAAGAAUUUCAGACCGUCAUAAUUGGAAGGCUAACGAAUGGCUACAGUGGCUUCUGCAUUAUAGUAAAAUAUGUCUUCCGCAAUGUCUACCAGGUGCAUUUUAUGAACACUUCCAACUUUUAGCUGUUUCUGUAGCAGAGCUUCUUCAAGAUGAAAUUAUUGAAUCCACAUUUUUAAGAUGUCAGCAGCGGUUAGAAAUGUUCGUAGAACAAUUCGAGCAACUAUACGGAUCAAGAGAAAUGACCUACAAUGUACACCUAUUGACUCAUUUGGUGCAAUCAGCAAGGGAUUAUGGCCCCCUUUGGGCGUUUUCACUGUUUCCAUUUGAAAAUAUCAAUGGUGUUUUAAAAAAAUUUGUUAAAGGACCAAACGAGCCAUUGAUACAAAUAACAAAUCGUUGUAUAAUGGCACAUUUACAAAACACAUCGUUUGCCCAAUUUUCCAAUCCUAGUGUUAGGGAUUUUUGCUCCAAAAAAGUAACAAAUAAGUCGUCUAGAAAUGAACUGAUGGUUUACGAUCUUCAAGGUUUAUCGAAUAAAUAUAACAGUCUUCAACAAUUCUAUGUAAUCGAUAAAUUAUAUAAUUCUAAGUUUUUUUUCAAAUCAGUUGAAACAAGAAAGACAAAAACUAACAGAAACGGUCACAACAAUUGUUAUUUCUCGAUUGUUGAAAACGAUGCGGAAGUUUUUGGAGAAAUCCAAAAUAUUCUUUCUGAUGGUAGCCAAUUUUAUUUUGUUUUCAAAAAAAUCAUCAUUCAGAGUACAAAUGAAGCUCUUUUUAAAUACCAAGUUCAAGAUGAAAUUUCAUUGAUACGCGUUAAUGAUACUUUGUCGAAAUAUUUGACAAUUGAUUUUAAUGGAAGUCGAUAUAUCGUUAAACUAUGUUACACAUUGUAUGUUGAUUAGAAACAUGUUAAUAUUGUUUUUUCGCUAUAUUCUUAGUACCUUUUUGUCAUGGUUAUUAAAUAAUGUUUAUGACUUCAUUUAAAUGCAGUACGAUAUUUCUGUAUUGGUCCGAAUUCUUCGAAUGUUUUUAUAUAGUUGAUCGGUAAAAAUCUCCUGAUAGCCACUGUAUCCUAAUCAAAUUAUAUACCGCAGCAGGAACAGUAAUCGUCAUGUAGGUUUCAAAGCAGGGGCUGCUUUUGAAUAAGAUAUCCAGUUUGCAACAUGUUGAAAGUCAAUAACUAUUUCUAAGGAAUGAAAAAUUGCAACAUAAAUUUACACAAUUUCACCUCAUAUAUUACUGAAAUCAAGGAAGCGCUUCAGGCGACGUUGUGGAUUCGACUUAGAAUUAGGAUUUUAAAUUUUAACUGUGUUAUUGUUUGAUUCUUCAAUCUAUGACUUCAAAUUUUAGUUCCAUUCCCUGGAAGCUAUCCGUUAUGGAUCGAAAUAAUUUUUACGAUUAGCAAUAAUAAUGGUUCAACCACUUAAUAACGUUUUUGGGAACCGUUACUUUAAACAUAAAAGUAAAUGUUUAAUUUGUAUCGGUACUUGGAAUUUGGCCAGAUAAGGUUUUACUGAACAGCUACGUUCACAUUAAAAGUCACUGAUUAUGGA